UUCGUUCACUAGUCGCGAGUGAUAACCGCAAAGUGACGGACGUACGCGCCGCGUUUCAUCACGGUUCCCGCGUAUUAUCGAACGAAAAAUAUUUAGUGAUUAAAAACAAGUUACGAAUUGUGCUAGUGUUUCUAUUAUUGUGGAUUCAAGUGCUAUCGAAAUUAAUGCUCAUGUGUGUGUAAAACGAGUUCUUGUAUUUUCUGUGCUUACAUUUCUUGGAUUUUUCUUUAACGAAGUUUUUGUGAUGGCGUAGCGUAAUGGAGGCCGAGUGCUCUGAAAGCGCGGAGGGCUGGCUCCUAGUCCGGGUGCACGUACCGGAGCUGAACGUGCAGAAAAGCCUUCAGUUCCCCAGAGACCAGCUCAUAUGGGACGUCAAGCAGCAGUGUCUCGCCGCCUUGCCUAAGGUGGCCACUUGGUACAGGGAGUUGAAGGAGAGCUUCAACUAUGGUCUGUUCUGCCCACCGGUCAACGGCAAAGCCGGCAAGUUUCUGGACGAGGAGCGGAGACUUGGAGACUACCCCUUUAACGGACCUGUUGGAUAUCUUGAGUUAAAAUACAAGCGGCGAGUAUACAAAAUGCUGAAACUUGACGAGAAGACGCUGAAGGCGCUGCACUCCCGCGCAAACCUGCGGCGCUUCCUAGAACACGUGACGCAUGCGCAGAUCGACAAGAUUACUAAGGCUUGCGCUAAAGGACUUGACCCCAACUUCCAUUGUCAGGAGACUGGCGAAACACCACUAACAAUAGCAGCCGGCCUAAAGUCACCUGGUAAAGUUCUAAUAGCCCUGGUGAACGGAGGAGCACUCCUGGACUAUAGGACCAAAGAUGGCAGCACAGCCAUGCACAGGGCUAUCGAAAAGAAUUCUCUAGAAGCCGUGAAGACAUUACUGGAACUUGGAGCAUCACCUAAUUAUAAAGACGGGAAAGGAUUGACGCCAUUAUAUCUCUCUGUGACGAACAAAACUGACCCAUUGUUAUGUGAGACUCUGCUUCAUGAUCAUGCGACGAUUGGGGCUACUGAUUUGCAAGGAUGGCAGGAGGUGCAUCAGGCAUGUCGCAACGGUCUAGUCCAGCACCUAGACCACCUUCUCUUCUACGGAGCUGACAUGAACAGCCGCAACGCGUCGGGCAACACUCCGCUUCACGUGUGCGCCGUCAACGCGCAAGACUCGUGCGCGCGGCAGCUGUUGUUCAGAGGCUGCGAUAAGGAGGCCUUGAACUUCGCUAACCAAACUCCUUAUCAGGUGGCAGUAAUAGCCGGCAACUUAGAUCUGGCUGAGGUGAUAAAGAACUACAAAGCCGAAGAAAUCGUGCCGUUCCGUGGACCUCCUCGGUACAAUCCGAAGAGACGGUCUGCGGCUUGGGGGGGUUGGUGGACGGCGGGGGACAGGUCGUCCCUCGCGUCAUCCACGCGCAUUCCCGCCGAACUAGACACGCUGCUGCGCCGCCAGCCCGGACCCACCGCGUCUCCCUGCAGUCUAGAGAGACCCUUCUCCUCGGCCUCCUCCAGCAUUAGUGACGCCAGCCACCCCAGCCACGAGGACGAUGCCAGUAUACUCACAGAUAAAAGCGCGGGCGACACGAGCGACAUCAUAUCGGACUCUAGCGGCGUGGGUACGAGCAACUCCGACACCACGUGCUCGCUGCACGGCGGCGCCACCGUCGUGUGUCUGCAGCCUUACGACGGCGCCACGCCCGGCCAUGUGCGCCUCAACCAGGGCGAUAUUGUUGAAGUGACGGGAGCCACAGAUGACGGUCUGCUAGAAGGUACGGUGCGAGGGUCUGGAGCCAGCGGGCUAUUCCCCAUGCAAUGUGUGCAAGAAGUGCGACUACGACAGAAUACACAACAUCUUCACCAGGUGUUGGCAUCAGGACCAAUCCACCAUUCUCGAGUGACUGGCAGACGAGAGAUGGCGCUCAGUAAGACCUACAGUGCCACUGCACCUAGGAUUAAAAAGUCGUACGGCAACAUGGAGACCAGAACAGUGGUGCUGCACCGCGCCCGCCGAGGGUUCGGCUUCGUGCUCCGAGGUGCGAAGGCAUCUUCCCCCCUCAUGGAGCUACGUCCAUCAGAGCGAUGCCCAGCACUACAGUACCUGGAUGACGUGGACGCCGGCGGAGUGGCUGAUCGAGCGGGGUUGAAGAAGGGAGACUUUCUUGUGGCGAUAAACGGCGAGGACGUGUCGUGUGCGUCACACGAGCACGUGGUUGAGCUGAUCCGCAGCUCCGGGGCACUCGUCUCCAUGACUGUUGUCUCGUUGAACAAUCAUAAUGGUAACAACGAGAACAACACGUGUACGGUACCCACAAGCAAGUCUCAGAACCAGCUGUCCAGUUCUGGUCGUCCUUACGCAGCAACACUCCCCAGGAAGGGCGCUGGAGGUCGAGCCCCUGCGCCUGCGCCUCCACGUCGCGAUCCGAGAACAACAUUAAGCGUGGGACGAGCAAGAGCCAAAUCUAUGGUCGCUGGGCUUGAAAAUGGCGGUGAAAAAGAAGAGAGUUGUGAACCUUUGAGUGUGGCGGGCAAGUCAUCAUCAGCAGAGUCAGUUCAAUUACCGGGAGGCAGUAACAACGGCACCCCGGUGUCGGGCACGCCGGUGGCGCCGCGCACAGCGUCCAUCCGAGCGAGACCUGCCUCCAGCCGCAUCACCGCCGCAGAGCUCGAGGAGCUCUUCCAGCGGCAGGCUGACGCUGAUACCAUCCUAGGCAACAACGCGAUGAUGACUCGUUCAGCGUUCCAGGGUGGUUCCAACUCCCCACCGUACUCGCCUGCGCGGGCGCCUACAAGGGUGUACGCUUCUGUGGCUGAGAUGAAGCGGUCACGAGGAAAGUUAUGGAGCAAGUCAAGUAGCAGCACGUUACGCCGAGACUUCCACUCGACGCCCGACUUAGCUGCCGAACACACCGCCCACCCGCCACGGACACGCUCUAGCGAAGAUGUGCAUGCACCAGGUCGCGUGCCUCCCCCCGCGCACCCGCCGCCGCCGCCGCCGGUGGCGGGCGCGGCGCCGGCGUCCACGUUCCGCCCCGCCGACCAGGCCAAGCUCUACGCCUCGCCCCGCGACCUCGAGACUGUGGCCUACAGGCCCACCAACAAUGAUAAUACGCACAACAGUCGUAAAGCAACAUCGUUACGGUCGUGGGCGGGGCCGAACCGGCCUCAGUCAGCAGAUGACCACACCAACCAAUAUGCACAGCCCUUCAACACGCAUAAGGGCUUUGUAAGACAGAAUUCAACCCCAGCCCCACCAAUACCUGAGCCAGACUACAGCAUGUCGGAAUCUGAUGACGAAGUGGACGCCAAGCCCAAAGGCGAACCCGCGGCCGUGGCCGAGACCAGCGCCAACAGUAACGCUAGCGGGAGCAGUUCCGGUUCAAGUUCGAUGCAGCACUCGUUCUCAGUGGACGAGAUCCAGAAGAUCCGCACGCGGCUGAAGUCGUCGAAGUCGUGCGGCGACGAGCUGGGGUCGCGCGACGACGGCGACAACAGCUCCUCCGGCGUGUCGUCCGACCAGGAGGCGCAGGCGCGGCCGCCGCCUCGCCGCGACAAGGUCUCCUUCUGCGCCUCCGUCACCGUCAAGUCCUCCAACGACGUCAUCAGCACCGAGCCCGUGCACUCCUCCAGCGAGAGCCUGGCGCCGCCGCCGCCGCCCAUGGCCCGCCACAACUCGCUCACGCGCAAGCGGGCCACCGCCGCUCUACUGCGCGGAGCCGCGGGCAGCACGCGCGGACGCUCCGCGGCCGAGCGUCUGGGCGUGGACGUGGAUAAGGCGCCCGGGCGAAGGGCCCGGGCAGCAGUACUGCUGGCGCAGCUGCCGCCGCCGCCCGAGGAGCCGGCGCCGGCAGCGGAGGCAGCACCGGUGCUAGCACCGCCGCCGCAGUUCAGCGACCGCGUGCGGGUGGUGGCGGCGCUGCCGAAGCGGCUGGCACACCUGCAGUAGCCGCUCUUAUGAACUACCCUAGAUAAUAAACCUUCACUUUCGUACCCUCGUCGUAGGCUUACCCGUACCGCCGAUGAGCGAGAAACGUUUUGUAAUCGAGCGACUAAAUGAAACCAAAGAUUUAUAGUAUUUAUUGUUGAGGAGUUAACAUUGAUAUAGUUGAAACUAAUUUUUAUACAUUCCCUUAUUAAGCUAGUAUUAACAUGCGUUUCACGAUUCAUUAUUAUUGGUAUUACUUUACUGUUAUAUACCCGACGUAGCGGUUUUAUUCUGUUCGUUGUAGCAAAUUUAUUUAAUUCUAAUUCCUAUGUUAUAAUUUCAAUCCUUUUACAACGCAACCAAGUGCCAUCGUGUCUAUGAUUUUAAUAUAUUUUUAUAAUAUAUAUCUGUAAAUAUUUUACGAGAGCUAUUUUCGAGUUAAAAGAGUGGACCAGACGCGUAAAUACAAAAGCAUCCGGCCAACAUAUUAUAUAUUGAAAAAUCAGAUUAUUUAUUAAACACUGGUAUUUAUGAAUGUUAUUAGGUACAUGAAUUAUGUAUAUGGAACAUAUUGCGCUGUGUUGAUCGAUCGUUAUAAUUUCAUUGUUUUCAUUAUUCGUCCAUGGGUACGCAGACAUGGUCCACUCUUUUGACGGCAUAUUAUUGAAUUAUUAUGUUUACAACGGCCGUGAAGGCAAUUAUUUGAAUUGAAUGUGUUCUCAUAGAAGACUAGCGCUUGAACCAAACUCACUAGCGUUUCAUCCGUUCCAUGAUAUUGUAAAGAUUUUAUACUAAUCGAAAUACAUCCGUGCGUCAUUUAGAUAUAGUUUAUAUCGCCAAGAGAGUGUAACACCAAUUUUUAUAUUUCAUUAAUCGAUUUUGUAUCUUAUUCUAUUGUACUUUAGAUAUCAUUUUUGCAAAAAUUGUAUUUGUGACUCUUCGAAAUUAUCUUAUAAAUGAAUAACUCAGAGGUGAACUCUCACUUAUGUUUAAAAUCACUUACCCUUUUGCUUUUAUGAAAAGGGAAGCGAGAUUUAUCUACCUAUUGAAGCCCCUAUGCGGUGUAUCGAAAUCUUACCUGAUAUUUAUAAUGCCAAUUUACGACAAGUGGUCUGUGGAUAGCAUUCCCCUUCUGUCACCGUGUCUGUAAACUGUUGCAAACACUACCUAAUUAACAUUCAGCCUAAUGCGAGAAGCCAUUUUGGAUCUUAUGUUCAUUGACGUUAAGUUUUAUAUUGUUUGUUGGUAGCAAUAGAAUUUUUACAGAAAGUUAAGCCCCCUGUUUCGCGACACCCGGACUCUAGAACUAUUUACCAGAUAAAAUAAAAUGUUAGAUAUUAUCUUUAAAUGGGAUGUUGAGACAGGAGGCGUUCAAUGUUAAAAUUAGCUGAAUAUUAGCUGAAUUUUAAAAUAGUGAGUCGCAUAUAGCCGACUAUAGCCUCCACAUGUAUUAUUAGCACAAUCAAUGAAUUUGUUUAUUAAAGUUUGUAUUAUUUCGUUAUAAUCGUCUUGUCAUUAUUUUAAGUUGUAUAAAUGUAUUGUCUACUUAAGGCAUAGAUAGGUAGUGGUAAUUAUUAGGGCAAUACUUGAUUGUAGAGUAACGGUCGGUAAGUGGGGGCGGCGAGUUGGCCUGACGCUCAUUUGACUGCUCCGCACUAACAAGUAAAAACACUACAAUACUAUUCUCUCUUAUGAAAUUUCUUUAAAAUCAUGACUUACAUCUCAGAGUAUGAGAAUUAAUUUAAUGUUUUCUACUAAAAUCUUAUGAAUAGAGUGAAUCAAAUGAGCGUCAGUUUCCAAUCAGCUGUGGUUUUGUAUAAUACAAUUGUGUUUCGCGUUUCAUUUGAAUCUCAGUAUCGGACGUGUAACUACAACUUGGUAUACUUUCAAAUGAAAAAUUAAAUGUUUCAUCACUUA